AUGACGAUGAACAACGAUGUGUUGUCAGAGAUUCUAUUGAGACUGCCCGUACUAUCCCUCUUGAGAUUCCGAGCUGUAUGCAAAACUUGGGGCAAUAUCAUCGAUUCAAAGCCUUUCCGAAAACUGCACACUCACAACAACUACAUCAACAACAACACAUCAGACGACAUGGUUCAUCUACAACUUACUCAUUCCUAUGGACAAGACAAGGUAUGUUUGCAAGUCAGUUUUCAUAAUGGUGGAAAUCGUGUGAAAAAGAAACUGUCGAUAAAGCUUGAAUGUGAUUGGGAGCCACAAUUGGCGUCUCAAUUUAACCAUUCGUCUAGGUUAGUUGAUGCAGUUAGGGGUCUAAUUUGCAUGAACUGUGAAUUUACGGUGCCCAUAGCCAUAUGCAACCCGUUUCUAGGCGAACUCAAACUUCUUCCCCCUUCCAACUCCUCGUGUGAUUUAGUAUGGCAGCGCAAUGUUGCAAUUGGUUUUGACGAAGAUUACAAAGUAGUGCAGCUGUUGUCAUGUGACCAACACGACUAUCUCCAUGCCCAAAUCUACUCAAAGAGUACGGAUUCUUGGAGGGACUUGGGGGACGUCUGCAUUGAUGAUGUAAAAUUCUACGCAGUUUAUCCCAUUAAAUCCGCGUGCAAGAAUGGCUACUUUGUUCACUGGUUAGGAGAUGCGAAUGAGGUGGGAGGAGAUGGUGUGUCCAAGAUAUUAAGCUUUGAUAUGAAGAAUGAAGUGUUUCGAGCAAUCACAUUGCCUGAGGAUUAUGCUCAUAUUUACUAUGAUGGUGACACACGCCCACUCUGUCAUAUUUUUGCUGAAGAUGAGCACUCGUUUCGUAUCUUUGAUUUCUCGAUUUAUGGAAGUGAUAACUUAGUUAGGAUUUAUGACUCGAGAUGUGAAGGAAGUGAACUGAGUUGGAAUCAUGUGAUGAAUGUACACGUACCCCUCUCGAUUUCUGAGAUUGAGGUACCGCUGUGCCGGACUAGUUGUGUGUUUUUCGUGGAUAGAUCCGAUGAGUCUGUGUGUGUGUACGAUUAUAGAGCACGCAAAUUCAUCAGCAGAUAUUCCCUCCCAGACUUUAAGCCUUUUUAUUACGGUGUGGUUUGCUUGGAUAGGAUUAUUGAGUAUAAAGGGAGCUUAGUUUCACUCGAGAACUAG